AUGGCAAACCCAUCAAAAGCUACGAAAAGUGUUAUGUACCGGAUACCUUCUGAAAAAACUCGUAAGUAUUUUGUUCUACUCAAUUUUUCCCUUCGAAAAUAUCCAGCAUUUUUUCAGUUGAAUCUCUUCAUGAAAUGUUGGAUACAACGAUGUCGAAAAAAAGUUUGAAGAAAUCUUUACGUGGUAUUUCAAAUCCAUAUGAUCGCGAUGAAACUGAACAAAGUGAAGAUAUGGUUUUUGAAUUAUUCAAAAUUCCAAAUAAAAAUGAGGCAUCUAUUGGAAAAUUGUUAUCUGUAUGUUACAUAUUUUGAUAUUCAAAAAUUACAAAAAAAAUAUUUGUUCAGGUUCUUCGCUCUUUUGGUUUUCGAGAUGAUGAUCCUCGCUUAGUUCCAAUGAUGGAAAAAGUUCGAGAAUUCGAACAAAUUGCUGAAGAAAAAUGUAGUGAGGCAAGCGAUCAAAAACAUUGGAAAUUGAGUAAAGAACUUUUCAAACAAUGUAUCAGCCCAAGUAUUGAUAUUGUUUGUCGGGCACUUCAAAAUGAUUUUGUUAUUCCUGCAUGGAGUCUUUUUGUCACAAAUAUUCGACAAAUUUUUAAUGAUUGUAAAGCUAUUCGAGAUGGACAAGUUGCUAGUUAUAUUCCACAACUUGCGAGACAAUCGCCUGAUUUAUGGGGUGUUGCUGUUUGUACUGUUGAUGGGCAGAGAGUUAGUUUGAAUUUAAUUAUUUUCUGAACAAAUAGUUAAAAUUGGAGCCCAUCACUUGGAGCCCAUACCGUAUGCUACAAAAAAUAUAAUUGGGAGACCCCAGUUGGAACCUUCAUGUUCUCAAUUCUCCAUUUUUGGAUUACUGUAUCAAUCCUCAUCUUUCAAAAUGUUCUCUAAAAUAAUCAUUCCUUGUUUCAGGCAUCAUUCGGUGAUUCAAAACAUCAAUUUUGUGUCCAAUCGGUUUCAAAAGCAUUCAAUUAUGCAAUUGCUGCAUCUGAUUUGGGAGCCGAUGUCGUUCAUUCAUAUGUUGGACAAGAGCCAAGUGGAAGAUUAUUCAAUGAUAUUUGCUUGGACUCAAAAAGUUGGUUUUUAGUGCUUUCUCAUUUUCAAAUUACUAUUUUCAGACAAACCUCAUAAUCCAAUGGUUAAUUCUGGUGCAAUUGUAAUAACAUCAUUGAUCAAAAAUAAAACAACAAUGGCUGAUCGAUUUGAUUAUGUGAGAAUCUCAACUUUUCAAUUUUUCAAAAAUCCUCUUUUUUCCUAGGUUUUGAAUCAAUAUCGAAAAAUAGCUGGAAAUGAAUAUAUUGGAUUCAACAAUGCUACAUUUUUAUCUGAAAGAGCAACUGCUGAUAGAAAUUAUGCACUUUCAUAUUUUAUGAAAGAAUACAAUUGUUUCCCAAAAGAAACGGAAUCUUUAACUGAUGCUCUCGAUUUUUAUUUUCAAUUGUGUUCUGUUGAAGUUACGUGUGAAUCAUUAUCUGUUAUGGCUGCUACAUUAGCAAAUGGAGGUUAGUCUGAAAAAAUUUAAAAAUGAAUUAAUGUCAACAAAAUUUAAAGAAUUUUCUAUUUCUACGUGGCACAUCCAAAAAUGUUUUUUCAUUUUCUCAAAAAUUUCCAGGAGUUUGCCCAACAACAAAUGAAACUUGUGUUUCACCAAAUCCAUGUCGAGAUGUUCUUUCAUUAAUGUAUAGUUGUGGAAUGUAUGACGCAUCCGGACAAUUUUCAUUCAGUGUUGGUCUUCCAGCAAAAUCUGGAGUUUCUGGAGCAAUGAUUGUUGUUGUUCCAAAUGUUAUGGGAAUUUGUCUAUUUUCUCCGCCACUCGAUAAAAUGGGAAAUAGUUGUAGAGGUGUUUCAUUUUGCAAGAAAUUGAUAUCCACUUUCAAUUUUCAUAAUUAUGACAGUUUGUUGCAUUCUGCAAGCAGUAAAAUUGAUCCAAGAAGGUAGUUCAUAGAAAAAGUAUUCUGAUAAAAAUAAUUGUUGUUUAUAUUUCAGACGUGAUCUUCGUGAAAGAGAUCGUAUAAUUCCAGUAUUUCACGUGGCUCGUUCAGGAGAUCUUCAAGGAAUUCGUCGAUUAUUCAUGCAAGGUGAAGAUUUGAGUGUUUCAGAUCAUGAUAAAAGAACUCUAUUACAUAUUGCGGCAACUGAAGGAUAUGAACCUAUGGUUAAAUUCCUUGUUAAUGUUGCUAAAGUUGAUGUUGAUGUUAAAGAUAGGUUAGUUAGAAUAUGUAAUAAAAUACUUUCGAAAACAAAUAUUCUUAUAGAUGGGACAGAACACCAUUAGAUGAUGCAAAAUAUUUCAAACAUCUUCAUCUUGCUAAAUUCCUCGAAAAGGCUUUGAAAAGAGUGAGUUUUCAGAAUUCUUUUAUAAUUUAGAUUUAAAUUGAAAUAAAAUUUCAGCCUGAACAACACCGCAGAGAUUCUGUUUCUUCAAUUGACACAGAAGAUGAAGAUGAUAAUGAUGGACUUCCAGAAAAACCAACUUUCACCAUUUAA